AUUGAAUGUUAAAUCUCUGAAAGCAUUUGAUUGAAUUUGCAGGGGAGAUCCAAUCCCAAACACACUGAUAGAGAAGGUUGAUGAAUACAUCCCCAAUGAUUUUUUUGCAAACUUGCUUGAUCUAUAUGAGGAUGCUGAUUGCCUGACAAAGGUUAAUAAACCUUGGUCCUGGAUUCAUUCAGAUAUCAUGGAUGACAACGUUCACAUGGAACCAUCUAACUUGAUAGGUGAUGGUUCCAUAAAUGGCUAUGCUGUUCAUAAAAAGGGAUCAUGGAGUCCCAGUCAUAUCCUCGAUUUCAGUGAUUUAUCUAUAGGAGACCCAAUUUAUGACUUGAUACCUAUAUACUUGGAUAUCUUUAGAGGUGAUUCCCAUCUCCUUAAGCAGCUUUUAGAAAGCUAUAAACUUCCUUUGGUCAGAGGCAUGUUGCGUGGCAAAACAGUAGAGAGUAGCAAUGAGCUUGAUCGAAUUUCAUAUCGGGCAAUGUGUUACUGUAUUUUGCAUGAAGAAAAUGUCUUAGGAGCUAUUUUUAGUAGUUGGAAGGAACUCAGGAUGGCAGCCUCAUGGGAAGAAGUCGAGCAGACAGUCUGGGGAGAAUUAAAUAACUACAGAGGCUUCUCCUGAUUAUUCUCAUUUUUUUCUUGUUCAGGCAGAGUGCUGAUAAUUCUUUCACUGGGAUUAAACUAGCACCAAUAAUGUUAAUCUUCAUCAUUACAGAUGCUCAAAAGAUGGAACCUACAUAUCUUGUUUGAAUAAUUAUUUUAUCCAACUAAUGCUUUGUUUGGAUCAUGGAUCAUUAAUGUGCGGUAUGGUAAUUCAACGGGUUUGUCUUGUUUGAAUCACUUCCAAACUGAUGGUAUGGUUGGUUUGGUGGUAUGUAGUGGUGGAUUAUUUUUCCAUUUUUUCUAAAUUUUUCAAACCACUGAUUUGGUGGUUUUUAAUGGUUGAAUAUUAACCUUACCAUUUUACCCUCA